UCUCCAUCACGUCCAACCGCCGCACCAUCCACUAACCAACAACUUCAACGCCCCCCCAAUUCCGACAAGAUGGCGAGCUCCGGCCAGCGCGUCUACCACCAGGACUACAUCGCGCGCAUACGAUACUCGAAUGCGCUACCGCCGCCGCCCAACCCGCCCAAGCUGCUCGAGAUUCCCAACACGGGCCUGGCCAGCGGACAGUACACGUCGGCGGGAUUCGCGUCGCGGCUGGCGCGCGAGCAGCCGCUGAACAUCGAGGCCGAUGCGGAGCUGGGCAUGCCGAUAGAUUUGGUGGGAUUGCCGGGCGUGUUUGAGGGCGACGAAGCAGUGCUGCUUUCGGGAUCGCGGGCGACGCAGCUACACCCCCACGACCGGGCGCUGCUGCGGCCGCUGUCGACGCUGGGCAAGCCGUCGUCGGUGACGGCGGGGGUGAGCUUCCUGCGCCGCACCGAGUACAUUACGGCGUCGGGGCUGCGCAUGGACAGCAGCGGCGCGGGCAGCGCGGCAUUGCGGGGCCCGGAGCGCGCGCGCCAGGCUGCGCGCAAGAAGCGCCUGCAGACGGACGCCGAGAAGAACGAGCCCGUCAACAUCCUGCGCAACAUUGUCAAGGGCUUCGACGUCGCGCACCCGGAGGACGCGUACAAGGGCCCCGACACGACGUCCAACUUGCGCGCCGAGGACGUCUCCCGCGAAGAGCGCAAUGCCUGGCUUAAUCCCAAACACCCCUCUCGUCCGGACCUCAAGCUGCUGGACCAGUACCCCCUCCUCCCCGACCUCGACGCCCUCCCCGACAACGGCUCCUACAUCGUCACAAAGUUCCAGACGAACCCAGCGGCCGCUCCCGCGGACUCCGAGCGGUACGACGAGCGGCUGGACGUGGGCGUGCUGCGCAUCCAGCCAGCAGACGCCGAAGCCCUGGAGCGGUACACGACAGCGCUGGCAGCCUUCCAAGAGGACCCGUCGCAGCCGGAGCCCGCGCAGCCGUACAACUACGAGUUUUUCCUGCCCGCCGUCCCCUCGUCGUCGGCCGCGCGCGGCAUCAAGCGCAAGUUCGGCGACCCCUCCGCCGCCAACGACGACACAGCAUACACGCACGAGGGCGUCGCCGCCGACGGCACCCCCAAGCGCUGCUGGCGCUACGAGCGCGUCCGCGCGUACGAAACGUACCAGCAGACGGGCGACGCGCGCGACGCGUACGGCGACACGCUCGCGCUCGCCCUGCACGAUGCCGAGCCCACAGCGGCGGCGGCGGGACAGGGCGGCCGCCUCGCCCAGAAGGCGGCUUACUACUACCCCGUUGUCACGCGCACGUUUAUUCGGCCCCGUCGCGCGAAGCCCGGCAUGUACGUCGAGGACUCGGACCGCAUUGAUGUGCUGGAGGUUGAGGCGCGGGAGGCGGAUGAGGCGGAGCGCGCGCUUAGGGACGGGAAUAAGGCUGUGCUUGAGGGGCGGGAGGUGGAUGUUGAUGUUGAGGGGGAGGGGGGGGUUGAGGCUGAGGCGGAGGCGGAAGGCGAGGGCCAUGCUGAGGAGGAGGAGGAGGAGGCGGAGGCGGAGGCGGAUGCCGAGGGCGAGGCUGAUGUCGAUGCUGAGGGCGAGGAGGCGUAGAGUGGGUGGGUUGUGGGCUGGUGGGCUGGUUGGGUGGUGCGUGGGUGGGAGAAAGGAAAGAAAGAACUCAAUUGGUUGGUUGGCAUAAGUAACCUCAGGGAUCUAGCAGGAUAAUCUCAUUGAUUCGAUU